AUGUGUCAUUGCGGAGCCGAUAGAGACCCAAAGACAGCAGUCGUUGUCACGAAAUGGGCAGAGUUGGGUGCUGGAUUAGACAUGGAUGAUCCGAAGUGGAAACGUCUCACCACUGAAGAGCAUGUCCAUGGGAGGAGCACCAUCACUACCGAACCUGGAACAGUUUUACGGCUUUUCCGCGACGCUUCACAUGAUCAGGGAUGGGAGAGUGAUCCAACCGAGCGCAAUGAAUCCCUCUUGGUGAUGGAGAAGUACCGACGCCACCUGCACGAACGGGGCGGUAUAUUUUAUUCGUCUGUACCUGGUCACUGGAGAAGGGCCCUGGCGAAGGUAGGACGUCUACUGCUUGACGAGGUGUAUCCGGAACCCUAUCCGGAACCUUUACGAGAUGGACAACCCGAGUACGACGUUGCGGGGUUAAUCCUUUCUGACUCUGACAGGCUGAUCAUGGAGUGCUUCCUCGGCUACGCCCUCUUUUAA